AUGCAGCUUGACGUUCCCAGUUUCAGCUUAGGCAUCUCGUCAGAUGACGAUGAUGCAGGUGACACCCGUCAUCAACAUACGAGCGGGAUUGGUGUGGGUUCUGUACAUAAUGGGAUGCCUCAAACUGCUGAUAAGUCACUCAAUAUAGACGUGCAAAUAGAUGUUGGUCAGUCUGAGCAUGCAGUUGGUGAAGAAAUUGGGUUGCGCGACAAAGGUCAUGUAACUACCGACAUGUCUCCGAGGCCAAAGAGGCGCAUAAAGGCGGCCAGUAUAAUUAAAUCACCUUUUAAGCAGAGGACGAUUGAUGUGACAAAAAAGCUGGACGGGACUGAGAUGAUGGUUGUCAAUUGGAUGCUGAAGAAUGAUGCUUCUGAUGAGUAUGCA